AAGAAACGCAUCUUCCGUCCUUUUUUGCUAAAACCUUUUCUUUUUGAUUCUUGCUCCAGAAACCACCUUGCCCUUAAAGCAUCCCAUUCAACACAAGUGUAGAGAAAGAGAGCACUCGCUUUCACACAUUAUAAUUUCUGCAGCAAACAAUCAACAACUUGAGACCCCACCUCCUUUUGGAUUCUUUCCUUUUAUCUUUCCAUUGAAUCUUGAUUCUUGAUCAACUUCAGGAAAGAUUCAUAUACUCUAAAACCUUUCUAAAGAUUCUUCAAGAAACAACAGAAAUGGGGAAAAAAGAAGCAUAUAGUACUUGCAUUUUGGUGAUGUCUGUUCUCUGUGUCAGUUUGAGUACAGCCACUAGAGUCACUAGUGCUGGGGUGAACUGGGGAACCAUGACUACCCAACUACUCCCCCCAGAAAAGGUGGUACAUAUGCUGAAACAAAAUGGGUUUCAAAAGUUGAAAUUGUUUGAUGCUGAUGAAAGAAUCAUGGCAGCUCUAAUUGGAACUGACAUUGAGGUGAUGUUGGCUAUACCCAAUUACAUGUUGCACCAGAUGAGUGCUGAUCCUGAUGCUGCUGCUUCUUGGGUUGAUUCCAAUGUUACUAGUUGGUUGUACGACGGUGGAGUCAAUAUCAAGUAUAUUGCUGUAGGCAAUGAACCCUUCCUUCAAGCAUAUAAUGGUUCCUAUCUGCGAGUCACAUUACCAGCUCUCAGGAAUAUCCAGCAUGCCCUCGACCAUGCUAAAAUUAAUUCUCAGGUUAAAGUCACAGUGCCCUUCAAUGCUGAUAUCUACUACUCUCCGGACGCAAACCCAGUUCCAUCUGCUGGUGACUUUCGACCUGAACUUCGUGAUCCUACAAUCGAAAUAGUUCAGUUUCUCCAUUCAAAUGAUGCGCCUUUCACAGUCAAUAUCUAUCCUUUCUUGAGUCUUUAUUCCAAUGAGUACUUCCCACUGGACUUUGCAUUCUUUGAAGGAACAAACAAACCAAUAAAAGAUGGCGACUUGAUUUAUACCAAUGUGUUUGAUGCAAAUUUUGACACCCUAAUAUGGGCAUUAAACAAGGCAGGGUAUCCUGAUUUGAAGAUCAUUAUUGGAGAAGUUGGUUGGCCAACAGAUGGUGAUAAACAUGCCAAUCUCCAAUAUGCUAAGAAAUUCAACCAAGGACUAAUUCAACAUGUUCUGAGUGGAAAGGGAACACCGGCAAGAAAGGGUAAGAUUGAUGUUUAUCUAUUUAGCCUUAUUGAUGAGAAUGCUAAAAGCAUUGCACCAGGAAGCUUUGAAAGACACUGGGGGUUGUUUGAGUAUGAUGGGAAACCAAAAUAUGAACUGGAUAUAUCAGGAUUGAAAGAAGACAAGGGUCUGGUUGCAGUUGAAGGAGUGAAGUACAUGCUGAGAAAGUGGUGUGUUCUAGACCCUAGUGCAAGUGAUGUAGAAGAGUUGCCAGAGAGCAUCAACUAUGCCUGCAGUCUAUCAGAUUGUACUGCUUUAGGUUAUGGGUCUUCAUGUAAUCAUCUUAGUGUUGAAGGGAAUGCUUCUUAUGCCUUUAACAUGUAUUAUCAGGUAUUUGGGCAGAAAGAUUGGGAGUGUGAUUUCUCUGGACUGGCCAUAAUUACAGACAAAGAUCCAUCUGAUGACCACUGUGAGUUUCCUAUUAUGAUUGCUUAUGGUCAUUCAUUGGCGAACCAUGGAAGACUUCUCGAUGUUUUACUAAGAAUUGCAGCGGGGUGUCUGGUGUUUUUGGUGUUGCUGUAAUGCUUGAAAAUUUCAUAAUGACAGGAACAAGUACAAAUAUCGAACUCCAGGCAUGGGGUAGGGGAACAUUACAUCAAUGUCCCUAAGAUUUUCCACGUUAAACACUUUGUCCCUUGCAUUGUACUCCUUCGCAUCUUAAAAAACUCGCAUUAAAAUGACUCUUCCUUCUCUAA